UUCCUGUUUUUGAGUGCACUUUAUAAGCAUAUUCAUGCCAAUACUAUUCAGGAGGGUCCAUCGUAAAGAGAACGUAGAUUGUGAUACUACAAUAUAUUUAAAGUAUUUAAAAAAAACCAGGUGCUUCCCUACGGCAGAUGGCGACUCUUGGUUAGGUAACGUAGGAUCGGCCCGUGCCGCCUGGAGAUGCCGAAGGCGGCCGUGGCGAAGGCCGUCCAGGAAGUUAACAUGUCCCUGGUGACGCAAUCCACAUGCGCCGCUGGGGUCUCGCCUGGCUGCUGCGCUCCGAGGUGGGCACAAUUUAGCAGCUCGGAUCCCCUGCGAGUUUCUAACCAGAUUAACCCACAAAGAAAGAUCGAGCUCGGGCCGGAGGGUAACGAUGACAUGGAGAGGUGAGAUCAGUGUGGUCCACAGGAGGAUCUCCGAACUUGUCCCCGUACACUAGUUGCCUCAUAGACCACACCCAGACCACGCCCCUCACCCCCUCCCAGCCAGUGCCACCAUGAAACCCACCCACGAGCGCCACCAAGAAUGGCUGCCUCCGAAGAAGCGGGACCUGCCCAUGGACAGUAGCAGUGGUGUGGAGGAGGGGCUAGGUGGAGGUGGAGUCAGUGGGGGAGAAGAGGCUGCCUCAACCCCUAGCACAGUUGCCACGGGUAGUGAAGCCCAAACAUCCAGCACUGCGGGAGACUGGAUGAGGGUCCCUUCGGGGCUGCAUUAUGGCGUGGAGAACUCCGACGGCAUCCCCGUGGACCAGUAUGGCAUGGUCUACAAAGUCGCCGUGCCAUCUGUGACGUACUCCCCUACCAGCUUGCACCCGGUGCUCAGCCACAUCUCCCCUGCCUACACAGUGCCCUCUCCCCUCCUCCAGCAUGCAGGCAUCCCGUACCACCCGCUGAGCUACGCCCAGCUCCCACACCCCUCUCUGCAGUUUGUCGGUUCUCCUUACGCGGUCCCGUACGCAGUUCCCCCCGGCUUUGUCCCGAGUCCGUUGAUAUCACCGCAGUCUGCGAUUCCUCAGCCCCACCACGUCUCCCACCUGGUGCAGUAUCCUCCUGUCAUUCAGGAGGGUGUGGUGUCCCCACCCCCUCAGCCCCAAAGCUCUGCCCACAGCUUUGCUAAGGUGCCCACCCCCGGGGGUGUCCCCCUCAUGCUGCCACCCGAGCAGACGCCACAGCAGCACAUGGGCGCGGUGGGGGGCCUCCCGGCCACUGAUGUCGGCCUUAGGGGCGUGCCUGUCUUUUACCACCCUUCGGGUUCCCGCUCGGCAGCAGCGGUGGUGCCUCUGGCCGUCGCCCAUGGGGAUUCUCAGGAGCGCAAGAAGGAGGUCAACGGAGGGGAGGUGGGCCGUGGAGCCAGGGAAGCCGUGCAAGACUCCAGCUAUUCCUCCAAGAACUCCCGCAUUGCCCAUGUGACUGCCAGCCCCGGUGCAGUGGAUGGUCUGCAUUCCCGAAACCAUGCCUCCUUCAGGCCAGAGGGCAGGACGUCUCCCGCGCAGAGCAGCACCCCAGACACAGACCUGGAGGUGCAGCAGGUAGUGGGCCGCCUUGCCUCUCCAAACCAUGGCAGUACCAGCAGCCACAAGGAGGCGUCCUUUGGCCCACUGAACCUGUCCCAGGGCUCUCAGCGGACCCGGGAGGCGAACUGGGCUAACAGUGAGGCGUCUGAUCUGGGCCGGGCCGGGUACUCGGAACACGCACCUAGCUUGGCAGACCCCCGGGCUCCGCCCCCCCAGUCGCAGUUUCCUCACAAGGCAAUGAUCCUGGCCAAUGGGCAGCAGGUGCUUAUCCCCUUGGAAUACCGCCACCCUCAGCAUUACGUCAACCCACCCGAAGAGGGUGCCACCAAAGCCCCGGAUCCCCCGGCCCGAACGUGCCUCCCUGAGAGGGCGGGCCCAGAGCUGGUAGCCCAACAGCAGCACCCUCAUCCGGUCCCCACGGCAGUGCAGGCCCCUGUGGCUGCUGGCGGCUCCUCCCACUUCAUGAAGGGUGCCAUCAUUCAGUUGGCGACCGGCGAGCUGAAGCGCGUGGAGGACUUGCAGACGCAGGACUUCGUGCGUAGCGCCGAGGCCAGUGGCGGCCUCAGGAUCGACUCCAGCAUAGUGGUGGAUGUUCACAGGAGCCCGCGGCGGCCCGGCCUGGUGUCACUGCACUUCACUGUGGGAGAGCAGCAGAGCAAGGUGGCCAUCGAAGUGCCCCCGGAGCACCCCUUCUUCGUCUUUGGACAGGGCUGGUCCUCGUGCAGCCCAGAGCGGACGGCGCAGCUCUACGGGCUGGCCUGCUACCCCCUGCAGGUGGGCGACGUGUGUGUGUCCGUCACACUGCAGCAGCCGCAAAAACCGCCGCAGAACCAGCAGCCACAGGCCUCGGCCAAGAGCAGCAAGGCCAAGGUCGUCUCCCAGGCUAUGGGGCCACCCGCCCCCCAGCACACGCGGCCUCCCGCCCAGUUCCGCUUGGACAGGACUCACCGCGAGCGGGAGGGAGAGGCCGAGGAGGAGCCCAUGCUCGUGGGAGGCAUGGGGCAUGCUGCUGCCCCCCUCCAGGCCCGAGAGACCUCCGCGGAGCUUGUCAGGAGCCAGAGCGGCUACUAUUUGCACACAGAGGGGCAUCUCCAUGGCAGCGUGGGGUCCGGCGGCGCCCCUUCCCUAGAGGGCGCUCAGAGGCGCUGGUCACUGCCUGGCCUCCAAAGAUACGGGAGCAAGGCUGAGGAGGAGGCCCACGCCUCCGCCUGCUCUGCCGGCCCCUCUCGGCCCUCCUUCAUCCCUCAGGAGGUCAAGCUGUCCAUCGAGGGCCGCUCUAAUGCCGGGAAAUAGCGGCUAGAGCUUGUAGCCCUGAGAGAGAGAGCCUCCGAAUGUCUGAUUUUUGCACACUCCAAAGUUACAGCCCCCCCCAACCCCACCUGUGCACUGACGGCGUGGUUUCUGACUGCCUCCUGUCCCGAGUAACCACAAAGGAACGCUCAGCUACGCCGAUGGCAGGUCUGGCACAGGCAUUGCCAUGCCAGAAUGUCCCCCCCCCCCCCGCUCCCACGCUUGGCUGUAGCCUUUGAAUCUUCUACCAAAGCUUUCAGAUCUGCAUUCCCUCCCAGAACGAGAGGAGGGUUAUUCACUCUCGUCUGAUGUAUUUUCCGCACCGACGACAUUCUUUCCCUCCCUCUGACCAAAAUCACACACAAACCUGAGGUUUCCCUUUCAUUGUCCCUUUGCUGAAUCCCCCCCCCCCCACACACACACACAUGCACACCUACCCUGGGAGUGGGAGCCAAAGCACAUAGAGAAAACUGACUAGUUCCUGGAACAGUUGGAGGAGUCUCUGGAAGGUGAAACGUUGCCGCCCUAGUGGUGUGUGUUUUUUUUCCUCCAAGCGAUUUUAUCUACUUUUUAAGAGCACCCCGUAUGCAGCCGUCUGCUGCACGUGACUCUCGCAGGGAGAAGGCUCUGCGCCGUCUUUUCCAGACUUUUCCCCAGGGCAGCUUGCUAAGGAUGGGGGUGGGUGUUGGCCCUGGAACCUGUUUAGUCAAUCAACCUGUCAACCAUGUCAAUCAGAUCAGUUGGAAGCUCCUGUCCUCCCCCCCCCCCCCCCCCCCCCCUUGCACGUACCCUUCCCCGUGGCGCCGCCUAGUUCGCCGUGGUCCUUGCCGUAGCAAAGGGAUCGUCUGCUCCUACCCAGCGCCUUCUCGAUACCUCAGCCCAGGCAGGAGCCUGGCCUCUGACUGUUCGGUGUCACCACGGAAACGGGUACAUCCUCCUCGAGUCGCCUCUUUCUGACACAACCAAGAUGGCAGACGGCGUAGCAUCAAUAGGGCAUCUGACCCUGGUGUGUGUGCAGGUUGGUGGGAGGGGUCAGGGAAUGUGGGAGGGGAAUAUGAUGCAUCAGCGGGAAAGGAAUCCUCCAAAGAUACUUGUACCCUUUUGAGAGCCUUUAACUGUAAUGGGUAUCGAUAUGGUUGCAAUUAUUAUUUUGAUUUUUAGAAAUCUGAUCCCCAAAAAGCUCCUGUCACAUCCUGGAUGCCCAGUAACCAUUAGCAAAGCAAUAACAGAUUUCCUUCAGUCGGCUGUCGAGGUUUUCUUGUCAUGGUUUUAUUGCCCUUUGUAAUUCUGACCUAAAAACUUCCUGUGUCUCACUGACAAUGCACAAUAUUAUGGUCAUUUGGUUUGUAAACUUUUUUUGUUGCCUGUUUUUUUUUACUGUUUUUGUUUCAGUUACUGUCGUAAGCAGAGAGUCGGAGGAUAGAGGAGGAAUGUAGCAGCGUGAAAUUCUGUGGUCUGAAAGGCAUAAUCAGCCUGGGCCAGAAGCCAGAAUGCUUGUCAUAAGGAGAAAAUGUGUUUUUUUUUUUGUGUAUGCUGGUGUCCUUUUCUUUAAUUUACCGUUAAACUAUUUUGAGCUCUAUUUCAGUCUUGGCAAUAUUCCGAGCGGCCCGUAAAAUCUCGCUCAUGUCCGGGCCAUAAUUUGUGUCAUAGCUGUAACCGAUGGGGGACACGGUGACAGUAUAAAUAUCCUUUCAUGUUCUAGCAUUAUUUUUUAAGUAACAGAAAAGCAGAAUUGGGUUGGUUGACACUGUUUACAAACUUAACAGCCACAAAUGCUGCAUUCACUUGUAACAGAUAUUAAAUUCCUAAAUUGAAAUCAAGUGCAAUUAAAAUGGAGGGUGGAAAGAACAUAGAUCCAUACUGACGUCAGGAAGGCCAUUCCAAAACAAUCACGUCACAUUCCCGCCAGCCUCAGUUACCUGGAUAUUUCCGCUUUGUUUCCACACUUUCCAUUCCCCUCUCCUGGGUCUUAGUUCACUGCAGUGUGAGCACUGGGGUUUUGCUGUAGCUAAGAUGGUCACGUGACGCCGUGGUGCAUUCUGAUUCACUGAUGCCCCCAUGUUAAGUGUUAAAAAGAAUCCCCCCCCCGGUAGUAUGCACAGCAGACGUAUGUAUUCAUGUAAAGAAACGGUAGCCAUUUAAAGUAGUGUUAUUUAUCUCACAGAUGACUAAUGUAUUUAUAAAUCCAUUAGGUCACAACAUUUAUGCUAUAAGCAAUAUCCUUAGACUAAAUACAUAAAUACCAUAUUAUUGCUUUCCUAUAGAUUUGGUAUUUGCUAUGCAGUAAGAGAAAUGAAGUAUUUUCCUCAUUGUCUAUAUCUACCAACUGUUUGGUAGGGUGUUUCUUUAUAUAAUAUAUAAAUAUAUAAUAAACUUGUAUUGAUUACGUCAUUGUACAGUGAUGUCACUAGUCAAUGCCAUUACUCUAAUAGUUGGGUAAGGAUAGUUGAAAUUGGGAGGGGUUUGUGAAGCCCCUUCCCUGAUUGGUAUUGGAUAGCUCCAAUUAGGCGGGGUUUGUGAAGCCCCUCCCCCGAUUGCUGACAGAAAGCCCCGAUUGCACCUGCAUUCUGCAGUGCUGGAUCUGUGCAUUGCCUCGUUCCCGCCCCCCACCCGUUUCUGCCACAUCACAUGGAGCGUAGCUCAUGCCUUUUGCUGCAUGUUGGGUGGGAGGGCUUCGGAUCACGGUGUCCAUGGUGGCGAGUAGUAAGAGUCAGGCUCGUGUGGGCCGGCCCCGACCAGCUUGGCCCCAUCUUCCCCUGCGUUUGUAAUACUGCCCCAUCCUUGCAAUGCAUAUAGGGAGGCCAGCUGUUCCGAAAUAGCUUGUUAUCAAGAGUCCAGGUACAGAUCAUGUUUGAGAAAGUGGACCAAACUCAUUUCAUUUUUAGACCACAGUGGAUUGCAGCACAUCCAAUGAUCGUGACAAAUUUGUAUGAUACUUCUCUAUUAAAUAAUUUAAUUUCUAAAUUGUAGCCAGGUGGCGCUGUGCAGUGUGUGUAUCUAGCAUCAGCAUGUCCUUGUUCGGAGAGUGUGUGUCUGCCAUGGUCCAAACAGUGGGCUGUUGGGUGUCUAUCGCCACUGGGUCCCAUUUCAGGGUGGGUUCAGAGCCCCUUGGAGACACAGAUACAAGGCAGUAGGGAUUGGUAAGGAGGAUAUGGUUAUUGCACAGCUAUCUUGAAGUCGGCGUAAAACUGAAUGCUACACCACAAAAUCGCUGCAUCGUGCGAGCUUCUCUCGGUAAAGGGCGUUAAACUUGUACGUGAUUGGCCAUGAACUUGACUGCUUCUUUCUGUGCUCAGUAGCAUGCGACACCUUCCAUCCAUUGAGCUGUCUGACACAUCGCUAAGAUACGCGCAUGUGCCCGCAUUAACACACACACACACACACUCACAUUCACACACACCUGUAUAGCACCCGCUACAGGUAUAUCAGUGGACAAGGGGUGAACUAGAAACUGCACUUUGACAAAACCUCACUUGCAUGUUUUUCUGUAAUUAUUUAUGUGUUUUAUGAAACGAGAUCUUGCACUUAAUUUCCCUUAACUUGUGGUGUUAUAAGGAAACUGUUGGUUAACUGAUUGCAUAUGUAUAUUAUAUAUAAUAUAUAUUGUAUAUAUUAUAUAUAAAAAUGUUGUAAGAUUUGUAUUUUAUCAAGGUUGUCAGUACUGCCUUAAGAACUGUUAAAUGUUUCAGUGACAGGCUCAAGUGACCCCCCCCCCCUCCCUCCCACAGUGCAAGAGAUCAGAAUAUUUCAAGUUAAGACUCCAGUUUAGGUAUAUAGAUGUGUAGUGGAGCGGAGACUAAGGCUUGAUGCCCAAGAGAAGUGGCGUAGGGUUGGGUAGAAAUCUGAUUCAUUUCAGCCAAAAAAGUGGCUUUGUUUCCACAAGACGCUGAUUUUUGACUUGGUGGGUAGGAGUGUUGUGUUCUACUGGCAUAACGGGGCAGCCUGUUUGCACUCAUCUAGCCCUCAGAUCUGAGGUCUUUGUUUUUUUUUAUGACGUUUGCAAUCUGCCACAAAUUAGCGAAUAGAUAUCCUCACUGUACCUGCCAGGGUAGAACUGGGGUUGCCAGCUCAGUUCCUUGGAGUCCACAGGCAUACAGGUUUAAGGUUUUAAUUGACACUGGAUUGGUUGACAGGCUGGGGUUGGGGGGGGGGGUGACAAAGUAAUCUAGAUAGCUUGGUCAGCCGGGGGUGUAAAGAAUACUGUCUGUGACCUGUGAGUGGCUGGAUGGAGCCCUGCUACAGCACCCUUUGUAUUCCAGUAAAAAUAUUCCGGUAAAAGAAAGGGAGGGUUGUAAAGCAGUUAGAUGCAAUGUAACGAUAUCUCAACACAUGGAGCUUUAUGCGGACAAUGCAAAGGUCAUGGGGUCGAAUCCCAGGGAUCGUGCAUAAAUUGUAAUGCUUUUGUCUGCAGUAAGUCUCUUUGGAUAAUGGCGUUAGAUAGAUAUGUAAAUGAAAAACCAUUUGGAAGUUAAAGAAAAGCAAAAACUGGGAUCCCCUGUGACUAUCAAGGACAGGAGUUGGAUAUUUCACUGUUCCACCUGCCCAGAAGUUCAUAUUGGACAGAGGAGAAAGCAACCUUUUUAACUGUUAAAAAAAAAAAAAAAAAACACACACACAAGACCCGGGAGGAAAGGCGUGCGUGUGCGUGUGUGUGUGUGCGCAUGUGUGCGUGUGCUUGUCUUGUGGAAACAAAGCGUGUCGUCGCUCAGGGGGCGGUGAUUCCAGACCUCCAGGGCCACAGUCCUGUGGGUUUAUAGAUUUCCCUUUUAUUCAUGACUAACUCGUGUGCCGAGGUGAGGGAAUUAAUUAGGCGCACUCUGUCAUUUCCCUUAUCAGCUUCAGUUGCACGGUAAGGGGAAUGGUGAACUGAAAACAGCACAUGACGCGAGGAAGGCUGGGGUUGGUCCUGAGUGAGGUGUGUCCGUCGCGAGGGUGGUGAGAGACUAAAUCAAAGCAGGGAAUGGCUCUAAGGUGUCAAUGAUUUAGACUGUAUGUAGUAUCACUUUAGGAAUUGUAGUUUCGGUCACUAUAUGACACUGCUUUCAUGUGAUGUGACAUUAAAAGGCAUCUUUUUCUUUAAUGCAUAAAAACGACAAAAUAUAUGCAAUGAUGUAUAUGUAAUAUUGAAUCCUCAAGUAUAAUCCAGGUUGUAUAAACUUUGUAUAGUGAGUUUUAAUAUCUUAUGACCGUACCAAUAUGUAUUAAUUCUUCUCAGAAGCCUUAGAGUUGUCUACCUAAAGUGCUCCCUUUUCUUAGAACACCCUAUACCUACCUGAACUUUCAAAAGCAUUAAUAACUAUAUUUUGUUGCGUUUUAUUUGUACCUGUUUUGAAUAAAAUAGAUUUGUACUGUA